UGGGUUUGCGUGUGACACCAGACAGCGGCCAGGCCUUCCGUGCCUUCAGUCUUGAGCUAAAAUUCAUAAGAGCACACUGAUCUUUCCUGUUAAGUGAACAGCUUACUGAGACAGAGAUACUGAAGGAGCUAGACCAACACCGCGGGCUGAAGUCCUCAGAAGGUGGCAGUGAGGGACAGAGUCCCGAGGUGACUGGGACUGCCUUUCUCCUUAAUAUCGUGACUUUAUGGACAGGAAUUAUGACAUGAUCGGGAAAGUACAGAGGAGCAGAAGGGGAAGACUAAGUGUAGAAGCCCACUGCUGUUUAGGAUCCUCACUCCUGUCACCUAGUAUUUUCCCUUCACUUUCAGCAGCUGCAUGCUGUGACACGUCUAGUUUAACCAGUCCCCCUAGUUUUUCAAUAUUAUAAAUAACACUGGAGGGAAGAUGCUGACUCGGAUUUUAGCAGAGACACACGUGGUGUAAACUUUACGUGGCAUGUGGAGGGGUGUCUGAUUCGAGGGUAGAAGUGUCCCCAGAAGUCCCUCUUACCCAGAAGCGACUUUCCACAUACUCUUCUAAUUUUGAGAUGCACUUCUAAUAACAGGUUUCUAGAUGUCAGAGCAGUACAGAAACUCCCAGCCCCUAGGGUGCUUUUUCCUAUACGGGGAAUGUCCUAACCAAUGGGCAGGGAGCGAAAGAGGCUCCUAAUUCAGGACAGGCCAGAGGAUAGUAAGCAUUAAGCCAAAGAUAUUUACGAUGCGGUCUUUAAUCCUUGAGGAUUCUUGGAAAAUGGGAAACGUUCCAAAACACAGAAGAGAAAUGUUCAGGCCUUCAAAAGAAAAAGGCAAACCCCCAAAAUCACGAGGACUGAACUGGCCCCCAGACCUUUCCAGCUGUGCGGCAGCCUGAGAAGUGGAUGGCGUUUAAGCAUUUGGAUGGCGUUUAAGCAAGGACGUGUGGCUCUCUGGGGGCCCCAGGGGCAGGUGCCCACCCCCACCCCCACCCCCCCGCCGCAGUGUUGCUGAGGCCCUGGUGUCGGCAGUGCGGAGGGCCUGCCCCAGAGGCCUUCAGGCAGCGGGUCCCUGAGCCUGCUGUGGGCAUAGAGCAGUUACCCCCCUACAAGCCGGAGGGACGGGAAGCUGGAGCAGAGUCUGACCCAAGUCCCUCUCUUUACUUGGAUUCCCACCCCCAACUCAUCCGGGACCUUUAAUUCCUUAACCAGAAGCAGGACAGCACAGGGGAGGAGACGGACCUUUGGAACACUCAUUAGCACGCUCACACACACACGCACAUUCUCCGAGCCUCAGUGCCCCUCCUCUGGGGCUUACACGAGGGGCUGCACGACCGUGGUCAGCACAGGGCCUGGCACACAGGAGCCCUAGAGAAUUAGCAGCACGGUGGUUACUCUCUGGGGGCCUGGAGGUGCAGGACUUCUGCCUGGCUAACAGGCGACCUCCCGCGACUCGGCCGGGUGUGGACGGGGUCAGGCUGGGCUGUGGGCAGCUCAGCCUCCCCUGUUUAGUCGUGACCCAGGGCCAAGUACGGCAGCUGGGCUGCAGCUCCUUCUCUCUUCCUGCUUUCUCCCUGCUCCUCCCCCUGCCUGGAGAGGCACGAAAAGCUGCUUGCAAGCAAAUUCUUGGCCUAGCCUGGGCAGAAAUGGCUGCAUGUGGCCGAGGGCUCCGCAGGGCCGUGGCUGCCUCUCCCCACCCCGCUUUAAGACGAGCUCACUCCGACGCCAGGGGACGUCUGAAGCCGGAGUACGAUGCAGUGGUAAUAGGAGCAGGACACAACGGGCUGGUGGCUGCGGCAUACCUGCAGAGACUGGGGGUGAACACGGCAGUCUUCGAGAGACGCCACGUGAUCGGGGGUGCAGCUGUCACAGAGGAAAUAAUCCCAGGGUUUAAGUUCUCCCGAGCAUCCUACCUCCUCAGCCUGCUCCGACCGCAGAUUUACACCGACCUGGAGCUGAAGAAACACGGGCUGAGGCUUCAUCUUCGAAACCCCCACUCAUUCACACCUAUGCUGGAAGAGGGCACAGCCGGCAAGGUGCCCAGGUCCCUUCUGCUGGGCACAGACAUGGCAGAAAACCAGAAGCAGAUCGCCCAGUUCUCACGGAAGGAUGCCCAGGCCUUUCCCAAAUAUGAGGCCUUCAUGAAUCGCUUGGCGUUAGCCAUUGACCCUCUGCUGGACGCAGCCCCGGUGGACAUGGAGGCCUUCCAGCGGGGCUCCCUGCUGCAGAGGCUCAAGUCGCUCUCCACCCUCAAGCCCCUGUUGCAGGCGGGUCGCAUCCUGGGAGCCCAGCUGCCCCAGUAUUACCAGGUCCUCACAGCUCCAGCUGUCAAGGUGCUGGAUCAGUGGUUUGAGUCUGAGCCUCUAAAGGCUACUCUAGCAACGGAUUCUGUGAUUGGAGCCAUGACAAGUCCCUACAUUCCGGGGAGUGGGUAUGUGUUACUCCAUCACAUGAUGGGGGGUCUGGAGGGGAUGCGGGGGGCCUGGGGCUACGUCCAGGGUGGCAUGGGUGCCCUCUCCGACGCCAUCGCAAGCUCAGCCACCGCACACGGAGCAAGUAUCUUCACUGAAAAGACAGUGGCUAAGGUGCAGGUGAGCAGUGGAGGGCGCGUUCAAGGAGUCGUGCUGCAAGACGGCUUGGAGGUAAGGAGCAAAGUGGUGCUGUCCAGCGCGUCACCGCAGAUCACCUUCCUGAAGCUGACGCCACAGGAGUGGCUUCCUGAGGAGUUCGUGGAGAGAAUCUCCCAGCUGGACACCCAGUCGCCUGUUACCAAGAUCAAUGCGGCUGUCGACAGGCUGCCUGACUUCCUGGCGGCCCCCAAUGCUCCCAGGGGCCAACCGCUGCCCCAUCACCAAUGCUCAAUCCACCUGAACUGUGAGGACACCCUCCUUCUCCAUCAGGCUUUUGAAGACGCCAUGGAUGGCCUGCCUUCCCACAGACCUAUGAUUGAGCUCUGCAUCCCUUCCUCGCUGGACCCCACGCUGGCUCCCCCUGGCUGCCAUGUCAUCUCCCUCUUCACUCAGUACACGCCCUACACACUGGCUGCAGGCAAGGUCUGGGACGAGCAGGAGAGAAACGCUCACGCAGACAGAGUGUGUGAUUGCAUUGAGGCCUAUGCCCCCGGCUUCAAGGGCUCCGUGGUGGGCAGAGACAUCCUCACACCCCCUGACUUGGAGAGAGUCUUUGGGCUUCCUGGGGGGAAUAUAUUCCACUGCGCCAUGGCCCUGGACCAGCUGUACUUUGCCCGCCCUGUGCCCCUGCACUCCAGCUACCGCUGCCCUCUCCGGGGCCUGUAUCUCUGCGGAAGUGGGGCCCAUCCUGGAGGAGGUGUCAUGGGAGCCGCUGGACGCAAUGCAGCUCACGUGGUCUUUAGGGACCUCAGGAGCAUGUGACCCCCAAACCAACUCUGACCCAGGAAGAUGAAUUCACCCUUGAGAUGUUAAGUCUCCAUUGGGUCAGCUUCCCAGGAUAUUGCUUGAGGCAGGCAAGUCCUCAAGGCUCAAGCCACUAUUCUAGAAAAAACAGUACAAGUUACAUUGGGUCCCAGUUAACCUCGCAUCUAUGGCUUCUUGAAUGAACUGGUUUUGUUUUA